UUUAAACCACGAUGGGAUGAGCGAAAGGUAGCAGCUGGCAGGGCAAGGCAGGAGAAGCUGAACUGGAGGGUCAACGUCGUUGUCUAAUCGCCGCGCUGAGUCAGAGUGCAGACGACAACAGGGAGACAUCACAUACAUUACGUACACAUAUUACACUUCACCUGGCCCACUACAGCCCUCAGACUGCCUCCUGCUCCAUCGGAUGGCGGGCCUCCCCAACGAACACACGAAUGGCGACGAUGGGGUCAAGUUCAGUCCCAACGAUCUCGGGAUGUACACCAUCGUCAGCAACAUCGCCGAGGGAACGUUCGGACAGGUCAAAAAUUUGAGACUCCUCGCAGAGGCGAUCCACAAGGUCACCGGCCACCGAGUUGCGAUGAAGUUUCUCUCCCGAGCCGUGAUAGCGACCGAGGGGAACAAGCUGCGCGUCCGCCGCGAAUUCGAAUACACACGCAUGCUUAGACACCCGCAUAUCAUCAAACUCUACGAAGUCAUCACUACCCCCGAGGACAUCGUCUUUGUUCUCGAGUACGCCGAGGGCGAGUUGUUCGACUACAUUGCGCGGCAUGGGCGGCUCGAGGAGGACACAGCGCGCAGGUUCUUCCAGCAGAUUAUGGCCGGCGUCGAGUAUGCACACCGGCAGAACAUCGCGCACCGGGACCUCAAGCCGGAGAACAUCCUCCUCGACGAGUACUUGAACGUCAAGAUCGGGGACUUUGGGCUCUCGAGCGAGACGCGGGACGGCGAAUUUUUGAAGACGAGCUGCGGCAGUCCUAACUACGCUGCGCCGGAAGUGAUCAGAGGGGACCAGUACGCCGGCCCGGAUGCGGAUGUCUGGAGCUCGGGAAUCAUCCUGUACACCUUGCUAUGUAACAAGCUGCCCUUCGAGGAUGAAGACAUGCCCACGUUGUUCGAGAAGAUCAAAAGUGUCAAGUAUCAAGUACCGAGGGACAUCAGCCCGAAUGCCCAGAAUCUCAUCAAGUCCAUGCUCGUGCUGGAUCCGUCCAAGCGAAUAACCGUCGCCGAGAUCAUGAGGCAUCCCUGGUUCACGGUCAAGCUCCCGAGGUAUCUCACGCCGCUGCCGCCUAUCCCGGGUGCGGUCGUCGGGACACUGAGCUCCCUCGUCUCUGCGCCGGCUGUCCCGCUGGCACGGGACAACGAGUUCGUCGAGGGUCUGGGCCUGAUCGACUUGGAAGUCGUCGACGAGCUCGCGCAGCUGCUGGAUGGUGUCGACAGCGAGGAGGUGCUCCACAGUCUGCGGCGGAAUGACGGCAUCCGCGGGAAUCAGGUUAAGGUUGCGUACAUGUUGCUGCAGGACAAGAGGCGGGUUGGGAAAGAUCUUGCCAUCUCUGCCGAGCAGGAGCGAGACGACGAACUGGCGAGGUUGGAUCCUCGGAACGUCAUCUCUCCCAACGCUGUCUCCCCGAACGGCGGUGAUCUGGAGGAUAAUCCGUUCGAGGUCGAGUUCGAGGAAGACGUCAACGACGAUGAGGACGACGACCCGCACCUGCCGUCGAAUGUCUCUAUCCUGGGAACCUCGCUACCUCCCCUGGACAUGACGCCGACUGGCCGCGCGAAUCGGCCACGCACCAAGAAGGGUGCCCGAUGGCAUAUUGGGAUCCGGAGCUCCAGCGAGCCGAUGCGGGUUCUGAGCGAGAUUUACGGGCUGUUGCGCGAGAUGGGCAUGGAAUGGGCGGAACGGAAGGAUCUGUCCAAUAUCUACUGCAUCGAGGCGCGCGCCAGGGUCAAGGAAGUCGUGAUCGUCAUGACUAUCAACAUGUAUCAGGCGCGGCUGAACACUGAAUUCUACUGGAUCGACUUUACGCGCAAGCAGUCGUAUCUCGCUUCGACGGUCCCCGGUGCAGGCAAGUUCGAUCGUGCACCCCGGGAGGGAUCAGAGAACGAGUCUAUAUCUCCCGGGUCGUAUGCCCGGUCGAUGCUACCUGAUGGGUCGCACGUCCAUGAUGCCGUAGCGUCCCCCUUUAUGUUCUUCGACCUGGCUACCCAGCUCAUCCUCCGUCUCGCUUUUGGCCAUGCGAUAGACUGAAUGUAUUGUAUAUGCUCUCCUACUACAGCCAAUGUAUCUUGAAUCGAUUAGACCAGCAGUGGCCUCG